CCAAAAAAAUAUGAUUAAUAUGUUUAGGUUAUAGUAGAUGCUAUGAUGCAAAUCUCUAUAAUAAGCAUUUAAAAGUAAAGACAUUUUGCUGGAGGCCAUAGGGGUGCGGCUACGAAAGAACUUCAGAGGAUCAACAAAGUCAAGAGGAAAUCAAGAACAGCAAGAUAAAGACAAAAUCCGAAGAAAAAGUUCAACCGUUUAAAAUUGGUCCUGAGGAUGAAUGCCAGUUUGUUCCUCUUAUUUCUGAAGAAGACGACAGAAGAAUGAUUCAAGAGCUUACACCCAAAACUAAAUUAAUCCCGUUGGAUCCAAAACGCCCAAUGCGGCAAAUCAACGAGUACCUUGACAGUCUGAGGAUUGGCCAUGAAGUAAACAAAGAUGAACAUGAAAAUACUAAAUGUGAUUUGUCCCAACCAUCUGGAGCAAAAAAAUCACAUAUGAGGAGUUUAUCAUGUGAGGAUGCUGAGAAGGAGAUUAUUUACAAUAAUCUGAUGAUGACAAGAGUGUAUGAGAUGAUGAGAGAAAAUAAGGAUAAGUUUGGAGAGGUCAGCUUGGAGGACGUUAGAGAACAGAUGGCCAUGUACAAACUAAACUGAGCAGUUGACUAAUGUUUAAUCCAAAUAACAUUAAUGUUAAAAAUCUGACAUAAUAAAGAUUGUUUUUUUUUUUCAAAUAAAUUCUGUAUCAAAUAUGAUACUAGCUGAAAUGCUCCGCCUUGCCCAUGGAAAAAAUGUUGAAAUUUUUUUUUUUGAAAAACAAAUUGAGUGUCCACCGUUUGAUCGGCUUUAGGGAACAUAUAUACGAAUUUCUUGUUUUAUUAUAUAGAAUACAAGCUGGAGGGCCUGGUGUUGCCCCUAAAAAAAAUAUCGAAAAAAUAGAUUAUUUUAGC